AUGGAUGGGGAGGUGGUUUUUCUAGGUAACCCUCUGUUCGUGAGUGGUAAUCGCACAAAAGAUUUUAACUUCGUUGUUGAUAAAAUGAGAAGUCGUAUGGAAGGAUGGAAGGCCAAGCUUCUUUCACAGGCAGCUAGAACUGUGCUUAUUAAGAAUAUUAUCUCCUCCAUCCUUAUCUACACUAUGUCAGUGUUUUUGCUCCCUCUGAAAAUUACCAAAACUCUUCAUGCCAUGGUGCGACGGUUUUGGUGGAUUGGAGGCAUGGAGGGUGGUCGCUUCUUGUCUCUUUUGACCUGGAGUUCCAUUUUCCUACCUAAAAGCAGUGGUGGCCUUGGGAAACACAAUACUCCUUGGUCUCAUAUCCUCUUGGGAAAGUAUUGCCACUCCUCUAACUUCUGGGGUGGUUCUUUGCCCCACGCUGCCUCGCCUGUGGUGAGAGGGAUUUGGAAGACUCAUUAUUUUAUCAAAGACAACAGCUUGUGGAUUAUUGGUAAAAAGUCCGAGGUUGAUUUUUGGCACUAUUCUUGGACAUGUUCUGAUGGUGUUAACUUUGGCCCGAAAGAUCUUAAUCCUAGGAUUACUUCGGCUAUGAUUCUUGGUGACCUCAUGUUACAUGAAAGGGUAUAG